AUGGCGGUCCCUUGCCGGCUCUUGCGGGGGCUCCUGCGCGGCGGAGGCUUCACGGGAGCCCCCGGCCUGGUGGGCCCUUGGCGGUCCCGCUGCUACACCCGCGUGGCCGGGCCGGAGGAAGCGGAGGAAGGGAUCCGGGAAGCAGAGGUGGGCCGGGAGGGCGAGGAAGGCGCCAGCCUCCGGAUCUGCCCCCCGAAGCUGCCCCGGGAAACCAGAGAUUUGCUGAAGGAAUUCCCGCAGCCGAAAAACCUUCUCAACAGCGUCAUCGGACGAGCCCUCGGUAUUUCCCAUGCCAGAGACAAAUUAAUCUACAUCCAUUCCAACGGGCCGCGAAAAAAGAAAGUCACGCUGCUCAUCAAGUGGCCCAAAAAUGUGGAAGUGGAAGGCUAUGGGACCAAGAAGAUUGACGCGGAGAGACAGGCGGCCGCCGCCGCUUGCCAGCUCUUCAAGGGAUGGGGGCUGCUGGGACCCCGAAACGAGCUCUUUGACGCCGCCAAGUACCGGAUUCUGGCCGAGCAGCUGGGCUGCGCCGAGAAGAAGUGGUUUGCCGAAAGCCACUGGCGCUCCAAAUCCGGCCCUUCCCUGGCCGACCUCUCGACCUGCUGGCGACGGAUGGAGCCCGAAGACCCUGUGCAGCCCCUGGAGCACAGCCCCCUCCCCAAGCCCCUCCGAAGUGAAGAGCUGGAGGAGGGGGAGCUGGAGGAAGGGGAGCUGGAGGAGGGGGAGCUGGAAGAAGACGGCAUCGACCUGCACAACGGCCUCUCCAUGGGGCGGCCAGGUGCUCAGACCCCACCCAGGGACCUCAGGGACGCGCUCUCGAUGGAAAUGACCGACGACAACACCGCCCUGCGCGCCCUGACUCAGUUUCCGCUGCCGAAAAACCUCCUUGCCCAGGUCAUCCAGAUCGCCACCUCGUCUUCCACCGUCAAGGAGUACAUGCAGUUCCGCACCGUCGGCACCAAAACCAAGAUCUGCAAACUGACCUUGCGCUGGCCCUGCCCUUUGACCUUCGCGGCCAAGGGUCGUCGCAAAGUGGAGGCGGAGAACAAGGCUGCCGCCUUGGCCUGUCAGAAGCUCAAGAGUCUUGGUUUGGUCGACAAGAACAACAACCCGCUGAGCCAUGCCAUGUACAACAUGACGUCCUUGCGGGAGCUGGGGGAGAACCAGAGGAAGCCCUGCCACAUCAAAGUCCCCGAAGCCACGCUGCGCAAGAUCGAGAACUACUUGAACCACUACCCUGUUGACUCCCGGGACUCUCGACCGCCCCGCCUGACGGACGACGUGAUGAACCUGAGCAAGGAGAGCAGCGGCAGCCUGAGCGACGCCAUCACGGGCAAAACCUACAUCCCNAGGAAGGAAGGAGGCCUGGUGAAGCAGUUUUCCGAGAACCUCUACGAGGCCUACCUAGUGCCGACUCCCUCGGACUGCCUCCUGCCCUCGUCUGUCUGCAACCAGCACAGCGAGGAGGAGGAACUGGUGAAGGGAGUUCUGAUGGCCGGCCUGUACCCCAACCUCAUCCAGGUCCGGCAAGGGAAGGUGACCAGACAGGGCAAGUUCAAACCGAACAGCUACACGUACCGGACCAAGGCNGUCAAAAAAUACUACCUGGAGGACAUUAUGUCCAUGGUCGGCCGGCAUCGUCACUACGAGAUCAAGCAAUCGGAUGAUGAAUGCAUCGUGGACCUUGAGCUGAUCGCUGAUCUCGUCCUUCAGAUCAAUGCCCACGGCGAACCAGGUGGCAUCCUCUGCUUCCUUCCGGGCUGGCAGGAGAUUAAAGGGGUCCAGCAGCGUCUUUUGGAAAUCCUGGGGUCUCACAACAGCCGCUACCUUAUCUUACCAGUUCAUUCCAAUAUCCCAAUGAUGGACCAGCAGAGCAUCUUCCCCCGGCCUCCCCCCGGCGUGCGGAAAAUCGUCCUGGCCACCAACAUUGCCGAGACCUCCAUCACCAUCAACGACAUCGUGCACGUGGGAGUGCUGGACUCCCGAGAGGCCCUGACCACGCUGGGCAAGCGCCUGGCCCAGAUCUCCACCGACCCGCGGCUGGCCAAGGCCAUCGUGCUGGCCUCCAUCUACCGCUGCAUCCAGCCCCUCCUGCUCAUCGUCUCCUGCCUGACCCGCGACCCCUUUAGCAGCAGCAUGCAGAACCGAACGGAGGUGGACAAGGCCAAGGCCGUGCUGAGUCGCGAGAGCGGCAGCGAUCACUUGGCCUUUGUGCGGGCCGUGGCGGGCUGGGAGGACAUCCUGCGGCGCCGAGACAGCCGCGCUCGUGACGACUAUCUGCAGGAUUACUCGCUCUACGCCCCCAGUUUGCGCUUCAUCAAUGGCCUGGUGAAGCAGUUUUCCGAGAACCUCUACGAGGCCUACCUAGUGCCGACUCCCUCGGACUGCCUCCUGCCCUCGUCUGUCUGCAACCAGCACAGCGAGGAGGAGGAACUGGUGAAGGGAGUUCUGAUGGCCGGCCUGUACCCCAACCUCAUCCAGGUCCGGCAAGGGAAGGUGACCAGACAGGGCAAGUUCAAACCGAACAGCUAUACAUAUCGGACCAAGGCAGGGACCGUCCUGUUACAUAAAUCGACGAUCAACAGGGAGUCCUCCAAGCUGUAUAGCCGUUGGCUGACCUACUUCAUGGCAGUCAAAUCUAAUGGCGGUGUCUUCGUGCGUGACUCCUCGCAGGUGCAUCCGCUCGCCGUGCUGCUGAUGACCGAUACGGACGUCUAUGUGCGGGACGACGGCUGGCGUGCCACCAUCUCCCUGGUGGACAGCGACCUGCUGGUGCUGGAAGGUGAUUCAUACACCAUACGGCUGCUCCGCGACUUCCGGGUGGCCCUCUCCCGGAUGGUGGAAACCUGUCUCUGUUACGAGAUGGCGGCCAUUCCCAGCGAUCUCCAUCAACAACACAGCCAGCUCUUGGAUAUCCUGGUGGACCUGCUGAAAGGCCCUUCCGCCAACUUCGGCGCCUAGGAUAUGGCCCCGAGGACUUGUAAUUUGUACAAAGAUGUUGAGAUAUGUUUAUUUAAAUAAAGUUCUAUUUAUCCCUUGUGA